AUUGUAUAGGGUUAGUUUUGUUGUGUUCCUUGAUUUUCAGGCGACCGAUACAAGGGCCACUAGGCAAUCAAUUUACCUUACACUAUCGGCUAUAGGUAGCAAUUGAAUAAAGUUGAGUUUUUUCCCAAAAAUUUUGCUUGAAAGUUGUCACUGAAAAUCAAGUGGUGUGCGUAUCGCGUAUCGCGGCGUUCAGCAGCUAGAAAAGAUAGAUGUCGAGCCCAGCAGAAGUAGCUGAGGCUCAGCCUUCUGUGGCUGUAGUUGACACUGAUGAGGAACAGCCAAGAGAUGUCCCAAUCACACAAGUUCCAGUCACCGACACUGCUCAAGAAAUAAUGAAUAAUACCCCGAAAAAUAACUCACCAAAACCAACUUCUCCUGCAGGUACACCACAUGCUUCUGUUGCUUCUGCAAGAUCUCCAUUAUUGAACAUGGCUCUGAACCUCACACCGAAAGAACAGGAAUUUAAAAACGCAAAAUCCUACCUUCUGACUGCAAGCACUGUCUCAAACAUCAAUCUAUAUGACCACUUGAGCAGAGUCCUUACAAAAGUACUUGAUGAACGACCUGUGAAUGUUGUUGAUGUUAUUGAGGACAUCAGUAAAGAUGUUAAAAAGUCAAAAUUCACUGGCGAUUUUGAUACAAUUCUAAACAAAGUGGACAAGACUACAGAAGUAGCAAUAGCAGAGUCACAAAAAGUGUUGUUUGAGAGAAAUCAAGAGGAUGAACAUGAAGGUGGUGGAGAGGAUGAAGUGGAGACUCCGUUGCCAAAUCUCCCAGAGCUCAUGUACUAUUUUGAACAAGGAGCCAUUGGAAUCAGCAGAGAGGAAUCAAUUCGUAUUUUCCUUGCCCUAAAACAACUAGUGGACAACUACCCCUUACAGACUUGCAGGUUCUGGGGAAAGAUACUCGGUACGGAGCAGAACUACAUCAUAGCGGAAGUUGAAUACAGGGAGGGGGAAGAAGAGGAAGAGGAAGAAGAGGAGGAACAUGAGGCAGACGACCCAGAGAAAGAUGAAGAAGAGGGGGAGGGAGAGGAACAAGAGGAAGAUGACACACCCAAAGCAGAUUACAAACCUCCCCCCAUCAUACCCAAGGAAGAUAACCGUACAGGAGCUAAUAAGAAGGUCUACUUUGUGACCAAUGAACCUGGCAAGCCUUGGACAAAACUACCUCCAGUGACCCCUGCACAGAUCGUAUGUGCCAGACAGAUCAUAAAAUUCCUGACAGGCAGGCUAGAUGCACCAAUUGUUAGCUACCCACCUUUCCCUGGAAAUGAAACCAAUUAUUUGAGGGCUCAGAUUGCCAGGAUCUCCGCCGGCACACAGAUCAGUCCUCUAGGAUACUAUCAGUUUGAUGAGGAAGAAGAGGAGGAAGAGGAGGAGGGAGCUCGAGACACCUUCAUUGAAAAUCCAGACUUCGAGGGAAUUCCAGUGAAAGACUUGGUAGACCCAUCGUUAUCAAACUGGGUGCAUCAUGCACAACACAUCUUGCCUCAGGGUCGCUGUUCUUGGUUCAAUCCAAUACAACCACAAGAGGAUGAUUUUGAAGAUGAGGAGGAUGAGGAGGAACGCGAGGAGCCAGAUGAACCUGAACCAGAAAUUGGACCAGCCGUUCUCACUCCGAUUUCUGAGGAUGUUGAGAUUGACACAAUCCCUCCAUGGACAGCUCGCUUGUCAUCUACUUUGGUACCGCAAUAUGCGAUUGCUAUUAUCCAAUCAAAUCUCUGGCCUGGAGCUUUUGCUUUCGGAACAGAAAAGAAAUUUGAGAAUGUAUACAUUGGUAAUGGCCACAAGUAUUCCCCAGACAACUACAGCCCACCUCCACCACCACCUGUCCAAGAGGAAUUCCCAAGCGGCCCUGAAAUCACAGAGGCUGAAGAUCCAACCCCAGAGGAGGAGGCAGCUCUGCGUGCAGCACAAAGGGAAGCAAUGGAAGCAGCAGAGGAUCUGGAAGAUGUCGAAGAAGACGACGACGAUGAUGAAUAAAUCAGAAAUCAGACUUUGUUGUUAACUUGCAGGAAUUUAAACCAUGAUAUAGAAAAACAUUCUAAAUAUUCCUUUUGAACCAUCCUUCUGUACAGCUGAAGAUUUGUAUUGCAAGAUAUGUUAUGUAUUUUAAACCAAACACAUCACAGUAUAAGAUAAUAAAAUCCACUUGAAAGUAAACAUAA